CACUCCUAAACCUUCACUCAGCCUUGCUUCAAUGGCCGUGCUUUCCCUUCUCCACCUGUUUCCUCUCUUCCUCAUUCCCAUCACCUCCUCCGCCGCCUUCCCUCCUUCCUCACUAGUCCUCUCCUCCUGCGCCCACGCCCGCUAUCCCUCUCUUUGCAUCCGCACCCUCUCCCCUUCCGCCGCCCGCACACCCACCGCGCUUGCCGUCGACGCAGUCUCCGCCGCUGCAACCUCUGCUCAAAAUGCCCACUCCUUCCUCCGUCACUUCCCCUCUCCUCCCCCGCCAGCCGUCCGCGACUGUGUCGAGCAGCUCUCCGACUCCAGCGACCAGCUAGCCCGCGCCGCUGCCGAGAUCCGCCACCUCCGGCAAGAAAACUCGCGCUGGCAUCUCGAUAACGCCUUGACGUGGGCCAGCGCUGCACUCACCGACGACGACACGUGCCUCGACGCCAUCCGCCGGCUUCCUGCUUCCACUCACCGCUCCGUAUCGGCCCACGUGUCGGAGGCUCGGAGGGUCACGUGCAACGCACUUUACCUUGUUUCUCGCCUCGCCGACACUCUUCCACACCGCCGGCGCUGAGAAUGGGUGAUCUUCUGUGAUAUUUUGUUUUGCUAGAUGUUAUUUGCAUAUGCAGCAAGAUUGUUCUUUUCUUGCUUGGUUUGGUGUGGGAUUAGGAACUAGAAAAAAAAAUACUGGAAAUGUGUGUGCAGUGUGCAAGUACUUGCUAGCCAGAUUUGGACUUUCUGCUCCUAAACUUAGGUUUUCUUUGUGAUG